GCCGGUCCGAAUUCUGGCGGGUAGCGGCGGCGCGCGCGGCGAAUAUUUUGCCUUGAGGGGUUCUUGAAGAAAUCCCGGUGAAACUAUGGAUGCUGAUGAUGACUUGGAUCUGUUGGCUUCUCUUCUGGAAGAAAACGAAGCAACUGAGGAGAGGAAUUCUGCUGAGGAGGAAGAUGCUCCUGAGGAUGAAGAUGGAGAACCAGAUGAGUACGAUGAGCUCUUUGAUGCAGAAGAUGAUGCAUCCUACACUGAGGAGGUUGAUGCAGAGGACAGCACGAUUGAUGAGCAGAAGGAGAACUUGGCUACGCUGUUUGGAGAUGUAGAUGACCUGCUGGAAGAGGAGGAGGCACAGAAAGCUGUCCCCACCUCAGGUCCCAGUCAGGCGAAGGAGAAAACCAAUGAAGAACUGCAAGCUGAGCUGAGAAAAUUGCAAGAACAGAUGAAGACGUUACAGGAGCAGUUGCAGAAGACUGCUCUUGGGCAGCAAUCCAGUUCAGGCCCUGAGAAGAAAACCCCUGGUAAAUCUCCCUGUCCACCCUUAAAGGAAAGGAAAGUUCAGAAGCUGCAAGAAUCACCAUGCUUCUCAGCCCAGCUGGGCAAUCCUUUGCCACCAGCCAAGCAAGGAAUCCAGAAAUCAAAAGCAUCCUCAGCAGAGAACAAGAUUCCUCCUCCACAGCAAGUCCUCAGUCUGGCGUUCCAGCCUCUCAAGCCUGCCGUAGGGAACACACCCAGUAAGGUGACCAGAGAGAAGACUCCUCACGUGCCUGCAUGCUCCAGUGCAGCCACGCAGCCAGUGUCUGUGGAAACCUUCUCAGGACUGAGACUAAGAAAACCCCGGGUGUCUUCAGCCGAAAUGGACAGGAAAAUGGCUAACAGGAAGCUCAUCCGACUGUCUCAGCUGAAGAACAAACUUGCUACUGAAAAUCUGGAGGAAAUAGACUGGGUAACGUUUGGAGUCAUAGUGAAGAAGGUCACUCCUCAGAGCGCAAAUAAUGGCAGGACCUUCAGCAUCUGGCGGCUGAACGACCUGCGGGACCUCACUGAGUGCGUCUCGCUCUUCCUGUUUGGAGAAGUCCACAAGGAGCACUGGAAGACUGACCAAGGCACCGUCAUUGGCCUGCUCAAUGCCAACCCCAUGAAACCUAAAGAAGGCUCAGAUGAGGUGUGUUUGUCUGUUGACCAUCCCCAGAAGAUCCUCCUCAUGGGAGAAGCUCUGGAUAUGGGCACCUGCAAAGCCAGGAAGAAGAAUGGUGAUCCUUGUACACAGAUUGUGAACCUGAAUGACUGUGAGUACUGUCAGUACCACAUCCAGUCCCAGUACAAGAAGCUCAGCUCGAAGCGGGCGGAUCUGCAGUCCACCUUUUCCGGUGGCCGCAUUCCCAGAAAAGCUGGUCGGAAAAAUCCCACUUUGAAGGAGAGGCUGUGUCAGGAUGGGUUUUACUAUGGAGGAGUCUCUUCAGCAGCAUAUGCAGCCUCAGUUGCAUCAGCUGCUGUGCCCAAAAGGAAGAUUCAAACCACUCUCUCCAACCUGGUCGUGAGAGGAGCUGAUGCAAUUGUCCAGGAAACCAAGCAGAAAAUUGGUGCAGCAAAGAGACCCAUGCAGUGUUCUGAAGAAUUCAGGGAACUGCUGGCACAGCCAACUUUUGGAGCACGAAACCUCUCCAAGCACUGGACCAAAACAGAUGCUGAGAAGAAGCAAGGGGCAAAUUUCCAGUCUAUCUCUGCUUCAGCACUGCUCAAGCAACAGAAACAGAAAUUGCUGGAGGCCAGAAAAAAGCGAUCUGAAGAGAUUCAGAGGCGGUUUCUCCAGAACACAGAUAAAGCCAGCACUCCUGCUCUGCCAUCCUCCUCCAGAGAGACCUCCCUCCAUUCCCCAGUGCCUGGGGCAGAGUUUCCCAAAGCUGCAAAAAUGUCAACUCCUCAAAGGCCCAGGCUCGGUACAGGCUUCUCAGAAGGAGAAGACAUCCUCUUCUUUGACAAGUCUCCUCCUCCAAGGCCAAAGCUAGACAGCCUGGCAGAAGCCAAAAAGCUGGCUGCAAUACGACGACUCCGAGCAAAAGGGCAGAUUCUUCCUAAAACAGACCCAAACAGCAUCAAGAGGAAACGCACUGAUGCUGAGGAUGUCCUGGAAAUUGUGGAAAGAGUUGAGAAAAAUGUUGCUCAGCCACAAGGUGCAGAAGCAGGCAAUGAAAUGGAUGAACUGGAGCCUGACCAAAAGAAACGGCGUCAGCAGCUGGCCUAUCUGGAGUCAGAAGAGUUUCAGAAAAUCCUGAAGGCCAAGUCCAAGCACACAGAUGUCCUAAAAGAGGUUGAGGCUGAACUGCAGGAGAAAUACUUUCAGCCCCUGGUGAAAAAGGAAGAACUGGAAGAGAAGAUGAGGAACAUUAAAGCAGUGAAAUGCAGAGUUGUGACAUGUAAAACAUGUAAUUACACCUAUUUCAAGCCUCUGGAGACCUGUGUGCAGGAUAAGCACAACUACCUCUGGCAUGACGCCAUCAAGAGAUUUUUCAAAUGUCCUUGUGGAAGCAGAGCGAUCUCCCUUGACAGGCUUCCAAAAAAGCCCUGCAGUAACUGUGGCCUCUUCAAGUGGGAGCGAGAUGGGAUGCUAAAGGUGAGUGUGAGUGAGCACCUCACAGCUGCUUCCCGUGGUACUUCUGUCCCCCUCUUUGGUUCUGUGUCCCUCCCAGCAAAGCCAACAGCUCUGCACUUUGUCAGGUACACACAGGUGCCUGCAGGCUGUAUUAUAGUGGACUGCUGCUUUUUGCUUUCUGCUCUCAAAGCUUUGUUUUAUUUAACCAUGGGGAAAUGGCAUUUGAACAAAGUUGUAAGAAGUCAAAAUGUCAAGGUCCCUAAAGGGUCUGUCAAUGUUUAGUCAGGUAAUUUAGCCCUACCACAAUUCCUGCCAGAGAAGUGUUUGGGAGACACCUACCACACAUUUAACUUCUUUUCUCCAUGGUUCAUGUUUCCAGGAGAAAAAAGGCCCGAAGAUUGGUGGAGAAACGCUUCUACCAAGAGGAGAAGAACAACCAAAAUUUCUCAAUAGUCUUAAGUGACCUGGAGUUGAUUUUUUUCACAACAUAUGGAUGGAUUUUUGUGUCUGAAACACAUUUAUACUGGACUGCCAAGAGGAUUCAGGUUUUAGUGAUGAAUCAGUAGGGGAAUCAGUUUUUGAUGAAAAUAUCAUCUGCCAAGAGUCUACCAGGCCACUGCAUGGAUAUUGAACUUUGAUCUUUUUUUAAUUGACUAAGACUUCAUGUGCAAUGCACAGUUGUGCCUGUUCUUUCCAGCUAACAACACAAGAGUGACCUCACUAUUAGGUGACAGAUCAUCAUGAAUGGAAAUGACUGUAGAUUCCAUAAGCACUUAUAAAUUAAUACUCAGAUAUGUUCAAGACAAGCUGUCUUCAGCUCUUGGACAGAAAGGGGUGUGAGAGGGUUGUAGGCACAGGGCAUUCUCCAUUGGUUUUGAAAUUACUCACUCUGAACCCUUAGAAAUAGAUGUCAAACAGAUGUCCUGAGUUUUUCCUUGGCUUACCUGCAAGAAAACCCUUCCAUGGUUUUGGCCCUGCAAGCCAGCAGUGUUUAUGCUGGAAACUCAGAGCUGCCUGUCCCCCACCAUCCACACUACAGAGCUCUUGUGGCUACACACCUGUAGCUCCCACUUUGAAAAACAUUUUAAUGAAUCUGGCACCACUUUGUGAGUGGUUUUAAAGAGCUGAGUGAUUAUAUUUUAAACUUUUUACCCUUUUUCUGGUAUUUUAAAUGGGAACAGUAGCUGUCUCAGACCAAGAGGUGGCUCCUGAGAACUGCUCUCUCCAUACAGGCAUUUUUCUGACAGCACAUCUCUGUAGGGAUGCCUGGGGCAUUUACCCAGCUUUUCCUGGACCUGAGCCUUUCCUGCCCCUAGCUCAUGGCCAGCAGGAUCACAGGAUAUUUUUAAGUGCCUAAACCCCCCUAACUUUAGUGAUUUGAUCAAAGUGCCACUAAACAUCUCACAUGUCCCAGUGGUCUUGUCAAUGCCUCUUGCUUGCACAGGGGCUGGAAGAGAAAUAAGUUACUUCAUUUGAAGCAACUGGAUGGAUUCACCUCAGCAUUCUGCAGCCCUCAUCUCUUACUGGUGCUUUUAUAUUGGUGGAACUUGGCCUGUAGCAUUCAUUUCAGUCUCCUGUUGGUACCAUUUGCUGAGGGGUGUCACUGCUAGGGGACAAAAUCAGUAACUGUGACAUUGCUUGGCAACAUCUUCUGUGGAUUCCUCAUUCAGAAUAAAUAGAGUACAGAUUAAAACUCUCCCUGGUUCUGCAUGGUAUUUCUCUGAGGAAGAGGAUGAGUUGCUUCCUCAGCAUCUUUUGUUUUCUCACAAGGUCAGUGCUGAAUCACCAAAAGGAACUGGUUUGUGGUCUGUUAAGUUCAGCUUUCACAGAAU